CCCCCCCAUGAAAGGACAGGCAGAGCAGCCUCCACUGGGGGACCCUCCCCUCCCCACCCUCUGCAAGCUGUGUGCAGGCAAAGCCUUCUUUUCAGCCACCCUGCUUGGGACACCCCCAUUAUUCCCCAUUGAGCAAGACCUUUUGAGUCCUUCAAGAGCAACUCCAGAAUAUCUACAAAUCACUUUAGAAUCCUUUAUCUUCAUCUCACAACUACCCUGACAGAUAGGCAUUCAUGCUGAAAAAACAGAGCAACUAAGUGCUUAGCCCAAUGUCCUAUUGCUAAUGACUAAUUCAGGUUCUUCAGACAGAAGUCCAGGGUUAGAAUUAGUAUAUAGCAUUUAAGACAUUUUCUAAACCACCACACCAGGCUCUAUAAUGUGUAAGAAGCAUCCAAAAAGCCGACUGAAAAUGCAGACUCUCUGCUUCACCCCUGGGUCUGCUGCAGUAGUGUAGGGUGGGGCCCAGGUACUGCAUUUUUAGUAUAUGUGCUGCCGAAGCGAGCACUAGGUACUGCAUUUUUAAGCAACUUCCCCCACCUCCAAUGUUGUUGUUCAGUUGCUAAGUCCUGUCUGACUCUUUGGGCCCCCAUGGACUGUAGCCCACCAGGCUCCUCUGUCCAUGGAAUUCUCCAAGCAAGAAUACUGGAGUGAGUUGCCACCUCCUUUGCCAGGGGAUCUUCCUGACCCAGGGAUCGAACCCGUGUCUCCUGCAUUGCAAGCCGAUUCUUUACUUCUGAGCCACCAGAGAAGCCCACCUCCCAUAGAGGGCAGCAUUUUGAUAAACACUAACAGCUUAGAGGAAAUCAGUCCUGAAUAUUCAUUGGAAGGACUGACGUUGAAGCUGAAACUCCAACACUUUGGCCACCUGAUGCGAAUAACUGACUCAUUUGAGAAGACCCUGAUGCUGGCAAAGAUUGAAAGCGGGAGGAGAAGGGGACGACAGAGCAUUAGAUGGUUGGAUGGCAUCACCGACUCAAAGGACAUGAGUAUGAGGCCCUAAAGCAGAGACGGACCAGAAGAACUCUUACUGGAAACCUAGGAUCUUUGAUGGCCGAGGCGGAAGCGAUGCAGCUGAAGGAGGAAGGGAACCAGCAUUUCCAGCUCCAGGACUACAAGGCCGCCACCAAGAGCUACAGCCAGGCCCUGAAGCUGACCAAGGAUAAGGCCCUGCUGGCCACGCUCUAUCGGAACCGGGCGGCCUGUGGCCUGAAAACGGAGAGCUAUGUUCAGGCGGCUUCCGAUGCCUCGAGAGCCAUUGAUAUCAACUCCUCGGACAUCAAGGCUCUGUACCGGCGAUGCCAGGCAUUGGAGCACCUGGGCAAGCUGGACCAGGCCUUCAAGGACGUGCAGCGCUGUGCCACCCUGGAGCCACAGAACCAGAGCUUCCAGGAGACACUGAGGAGACUCAACACCAGCAUCCAGGAGAAGCUCCGGGUGCAGUUCUCCACUGACUCGAGGGUUCAGACGAUGUUUGAGAUUCUCCUGGACAGGAACAGUGAAGCGGAUAAACUGGAGAAGGCCGCCAACAACCUCAUUGUCCUCGGCCGCGAGGAAGCGGGGUCGGAGAGGAUCUUCCAGAACAACGGCGUGGCCCUGCUGAUGCAGCUUUUGGACACGAAGAGGCCUGAGCUGAUGCUGGCUGCAGUGCGGACACUGUCGGGCAUGUGCAGUAGCCACCGAGCUAGGGCCACAGCAAUCCUCCACGCAGUCCGGAUAGACCGAAUCUGCAGCCUCAUGGCCGUUGAGAACGAGGAGAUGUCUCUGGCCGUCUGCAACCUGCUCCAGGCCAUCAUCGACGCUCUGUCUGGGGAGGACAAACAGGAGCCUCGGGGGAAGGAAGAGGCCCUGGUUCUGGACUCCAAGAAGGACCUGAAGCAGAUCACCAACCACCUGCUUGACAUGCUGGUCAGUAAGAAGGUGUCCGGCCAGGGCAGGGAUCAGGCCCUGAACCUGCUCAACAAGAACGUCCCCAGGAAGGAUCUCGCCAUUCAUGAUAACUCCCGCACCAUCUACGUGGUUGAUAACGGCCUAAGGAAGAUCCUGAAGGUGGUGGGGCAGGUCCCAGAUCUGCCGUCCUGCCUGCCCCUGACCGACAACACCCGCAUGCUGGCCUCGAUCCUCAUCAACAAGCUCUACGACGACCUGCGCUGUGACCCCGAGCGCGAUCACUUCCGCAAGAUCUGCGAGGAGUAUAUCACGGGCACGUUUGACCCCCAGGACAUGGACAAGAACGUGAUUGCCAUCCAGACGGUGUCGGGGAUCCUGCAGGGCCCCUUUGACCUGGGCAAUCAGCUGCUGGGACUGAAAGGUGUGAUGGAGAUGAUGGUGGCGCUGUGCGGCUCGGAGCGUGAGACAGACCAGCUGGUGGCCGUGGAGGCCCUCAUCCACGCCUCCACCAAGCUCAGCCGUGCCACCUUCAUCAUCACCAACGGUGUGUCGCUCCUCAAAGAGAUCUACAAGACCACCAAAAACGAGAAGAUCAAGAUCCGCGCGCUGGUGGGACUCUGUAAACUCGGCUCGGCGGGCGGCACAGAUUACGCUCUCAGGCAGUUUGCUGAAGGCUCGACAGAGAAGCUGGCCAAACAGUGUCGCAAGUGGCUGUGCAAUGCAUCCAUAGACACCCGGACUCGGAAAUGGGCGGUGGAGGGCCUGGCCUACCUCACGCUGGACGCCGACGUGAAGGACGACUUUGUUCAGGACAUCCCUGCCCUGCAGGCCAUGUUCGAGCUGGCCAAGACUCCCGACAAGACCAUCCUGUAUUCCGUGGCCACCACCCUGGUGAACUGCACCAACAGCUACGAUGUCAAGGAGGUCAUCCCCGAGCUGGUGCAGCUGGCCAAGUUCUCCAAGCAGCAUGUGCCCGAGGAGCACCCCAAGGACAAGAAGGACUUUGUGGACAUGAGAGUGAAGCGGCUUCUGAAGGCCGGCGUCACCUCGGCGCUGGUCUGCAUGGUGAAAGCAGACAAUGCCAUCCUCACCGACCAGACCAAAGAGCUGCUGGCCAGGGUAUUCCUGGCACUGUGCGACAACCCAAAGGACCGAGGUACCAUUGUGGCUCAAGGUGGUGGUAAGGCCCUGAUUCCCCUGGCUUUGGAGGGCACAGACGUGGGCAAGGUGAAGGCAGCCCAUGCCCUCGCGAAGAUCGCUGCGGUCUCCAACCCAGACAUUGCCUUCCCCGGGGAGCGGGUGUACGAGGUGGUACGGCCCCUCGUGAGUCUCCUGAACACACAGCGGGAUGGCCUCCAGAACUACGAGGCUCUCCUAGGCCUCACCAACCUGUCUGGGCGGAGUGACAAGCUCCGGAAGAAGAUCGUUAAGGAGAAGGCCUUGCCGGACAUUGAGAACUACAUGUUUGAGAACCAUGAUCAACUGCGGCAGGCGGCCACGGAGUGCAUGUGCAACAUGGUGGUGAACACGGAGGUACAGGAGAGGUUCCUGGCCGAUGGCAACGACCGGCUGAAGCUGGUGGUGCUGCUUUGUGGCGAGGAUGACGACAAGGUGCAGAAUGCGGCUGCGGGGGCCCUGGCCAUGCUGACAGCAGCGCAUAAGAAACUGUGCUUCAAGAUGACUGAAGUGACAACUCAGUGGUUGGAGAUUCUACAGCGGCUUUGCUUGCAUGACCGGCUGUCAGUUCAACACCGGGGCCUGGUCAUUGCCUACAACCUGCUGGCGGCUGAUGCUGAGUUGGCCAAGAAGCUGGUGGAGAGUGAGCUGCUGGAGAUCCUGACCGUGGUGGGCAAGCAAGAGCCGGAUGAGAAGCGGGCAGCGGUGGUUCAGACAGCUCGGGAAUGUCUCAUCAAAUGCAUGGAUUAUGGCUUCAUUAAACCAGUGUCUUAGACAGGGGCCCAGAGGGAGGCUGGGGCUGCUCCUGUAACUGUACAGAGUUCUGAGCUGAGAGCUCUUGGGGUGUCAGUUCCGUUAGGGAUCUUUGCAGCCACAGUGAGGUGUCCAUGUAAAAGAAGGACUGUGGAUUGUCCCCUGAGUUGCGCAUCUUCCCUUUUGUUCUAGGAAAGUUUGCCUAUUUCAUUAGCUCUCUUGCUCCUUAACAUCUGUCAAGUUCCAGAAAAUUCCUAGAGGAAUUUUCAUCUGUGAUUAGGAAGACAGGUUGGAUAAUUCUUUCUGUACCCAUUCCAAAGGCCAGGAUAAUGGGCUGGAGUUCUCUACAUUUUGGAAAAUGGAUUGUGUGGUCCUACUUUAAAUAUGUAAAGUAGUGUGACUGUAAAGGUAGCUGGUGCACCUGGAUGUUGAUCUGGUUUUUAUAUCCUGUCUCCCCUGCUGUUUGAAUAUGGCUGCCUAGAACUGCAUGUUUCAGCGGCAGUGCCCGUCCCAGACCCAUGCGCAUUUCUAUGAUGGAAAUACAGCUGAUGUUCAAUAGUCUGACAUGACUUUUGCAGUUUGCUUGGGGAAAUCUUCUAAGCAAGACAGAUGUGAUGAAUAUAAAUAAAAUCAAC